GGGAAACAGUCGAUUAGUUGAUAGAAAAAUUGAUUUUAAUAGGGGAAAAUGUGACAUUUUGACAUCUUUAGUAAAUGCUUGAAUGUGUUUUUUGUUUUUUUUUUUUAAAGAAAACUUAAUUCCUCUGAGUUCAGGGCCGGUUGGAAUAUUUUAAUUUGCUUUUAAAUAAAAUACAUUAUUCACAAAGUAUAAUUUUAUUUUUUCUGUGCAAAAAGAUCAACUCGAUUCUGAAUGAUCAUAAAGAAUCGACGGGUAAAUAUCAUUAAAUACUUCUUUUUUAAUGUUAGCAGUUCACAUUAAUUGUGUGGUUUUAUAUACAUUUGUACUGAUUUAAGUGUUGUAAACAUAUUAACAGCUUAAUAUAGUCUUCAAAACUUUUAUUAACCAUUUAUAAAUUGUUUCUUAUCAAAAAGUAGUUACCUUAGUGUUUUUACAGAUGCAUGUAACCACAAUUAUUAAUAAAUAAAAGUAAAUAUAUCUGUUAUUGUAAAGAUGUGACUAAUCUUAUUAAAACCCAAACACAAAAUGUCAAAUCUUUUCGCGCCAAAAUUUGUCCCUCGUGCUAGUACUCUGACCACCUGACUGUCACGAGUGGGUCACAUGAUGAAACAAGGAAGUGCCCAGUCAGUCAGCAGACAACAACCAAAACAAAAACCCCUAGAUAUUCCACUUUAGAGGAGUAAUUCUUCUACAUAACAUGCCUGAAACAAACCACAAACUAUGAGUCUGCGUGGAAACAUCUUUAUCCGUGCAGUUUGUGUUUUGUUGUGUUUGUUUGUCGGAGUUUUAACCGGGUUUUCUUCAGUACCGGAGCAGCAUCGGUCUCUGAGUCUGGCCGGUAAAUGGAGUCUCUCAAACGCCAACGGUUCGGUGUCUCUGCCCGCACAGGUGCCCGGAUGUGUUCACUCCGCUCUGCAGCAACAGGGAUUCAUCCAGGAUCCAUAUUUUAGGUUCAAUGAUGUUUCUUAUCGGUGGAUUGCUUUUGACAACUGGACAUACACGACCACGUUUAAUGUGUCAGCCCAAGUGAGAACCAAACAGAAGGUGCUUCUCGCCUUUGACGGCGUGGACACUGUGGCGUCCAUUUGGCUCAAUGGAGUCGCUGUGGGCAACACGGACAACAUGUUUCGUAGAUACGACUUCUCGGUCAGAGACCUGCUGAAGGACGGCGAUAAUGUGCUGAGGGUUCGUUUGCUGUCUCCGGUUCUUUACGCGUCUGAGCGGAGGGAAGCUCAUUCUGCCUACAGAGUUCCUCCUGAAUGUCCUCCAGAUGUUCAGAAGGGGGAAUGUCACGUCAACUUCAUCAGGAAAGAGCAGAGCUCUUUCAGCUGGGACUGGGGGCCUUCGUUCCCCACGACGGGACUGUGGAAAGGAGUUCGACUGGAGGCGUUUGAUGUCCUGCAGCUCGUCCAGGUUUCCUCUGUUUCUCUUUACAACUUCAGCCUGACUCAGUGGAGAGUCCAGGUUGAGCUUCUUGUCGAUGCUGUUCAGACAACAAACGGCCGAAUCUCUCUCUCCGUACCUGAGCUGCACUCGGAGCAGAGCGUCCACACACACUUCCUGUCUGGAAGGACCAAGAACACCUUCGUCUUGCACAUAAACACGAGCAGCACGGUGAAGCUGUGGUGGCCCAGCGGCCGCGGCGACCAGCCCUUCUACCAGCUGACUGUCAGAGGUUUCCAGGAUGGAUCUUUAAUCCUCAAUACAAAGUCUAAGGUGUAUUUCCGCACCGUGGAGCUGAUCCAGGAGCCGGUCGUUGGGUCUCCGGGACUCAGCUUUUAUUUCCGCAUCAAUGGGAAACCAAUUUUCCUCAAAGGCUCCAACUGGAUCCCGGCCCACUCCUUCCAGGACCAGAUCUCCCCCGCUGUUUUGAGGAACUUGUUGCAGUCGGCUGUAGACGCCAACAUGAACACGCUCAGGGUCUGGGGAGGAGGAGUGUACGAGCAGGAUCUUUUCUACAGUCUCUGUGAUGAGCUGGGAAUCAUGAUUUGGCAGGACUUCAUGUUUGCCUGCGCUAUGUAUCCCACUGAGGACGACUUCAUACAGACAGUCAGAGACGAGGUCGUCCAACAGCUCCGGCGUCUCAAGUCUCACCCCUCUGUGAUCAUUUGGAGCGGGAACAAUGAAAACGAAGCUGCUCUGGCGACAGACUGGUUCGACAUCCCAGCUUCACAGAGGCCUCGUUACGUUAAAGACUAUGUGACGCUGUAUGUGAACAACAUCAGGGAGCUUGUGCAGGAAGAGGACCAGAGUCGCCCCUUUCUCGUCUCCAGUCCCACAAAUGGGGCUGAAUCGGAGCGGGAGGGAUGGGUGGCAGCGAACCCCUACGACCUUCACUACGGAGACACUCACUUCUACAGCUACACCCUCGACUGCUGGGACUGGAGGAAUUUCCCCCGGACUCGCUUCGCCUCUGAAUACGGCUUCCAGUCCUGGCCUUCCUUCUCCACUCUGCAGCCGGUUUCUAUAAAAGAAGACUGGAGCUACAGCAGUAAUUUCUCUUCCCAUCGUCAGCACCAUGAGGGCGGGAACCAGCAGAUGUUACAGCAGGCUGCUUCACACUUCAACCUGCCGAACGCCACAGAUCCACUGAAGAGAUUCACAGACACUCUCUACAUCACUCAGGUCAUGCAGGCUCAGUGUGUGAAGACUCAGACAGAGUUUUAUCGGCGGAGUCAGACUGAGAUCAUUGAGGGCAAAGGUCACACUAUGGGCGCUCUCUACUGGCAGCUCAAUGAUAUUUGGCAGGGACCUUCCUGGUCCUCAAUCGAGUUUGGUGGGAAGUGGAAAAUGCUGCAUUAUUUUGCACAGAACUUCUUUGCCCCCGUCCUUCCUGUUGGGUUUGAGGAUGAAGACACGCUGUUCAUCUACGCCGUCUCAGACAUGAGUCACGACCUGAAGCUCAGAGCUGCCGUGUCCGUGUACUCCUGGACUGAUCUACAUCCUGUGUGCUCACUGAAGUCAGACCCGGUCCUGGUCCCCGGGGGCAGCGCCGUGGCCAUCUUCAAACAGCCGGUCGCCGCCCUGCUGGCAGGGUGUGGACGCUGCACCAGGCUCACCUGCCUGCUCACCUUCCACCUGGAGGACAGCGGCGCCCAGCUGGGUCCCACCAACCACCACUUCCUCUGCUCACCCAAAGACGCUCAGGGACUCCAGAGACCGAACAUCACAGCCACAGUGCAGCAGGAUCCGACCGGCCUCACCGUCACCCUCCGCUCCGCCUCUGUGGCUCCUUUCGUCUGGCUCGACGUGGGAAACAUCCCCGGACGCUUCAGCUCCAACGGCUUCCUGAUGGUUUCUAGCAACGUGACGGUCAGUUUCACUGCGUGGCGUCCCACCAGCGCCGCAGAGCUCUCCAGAUCCCUCACCGUCACAUCUUUGACCGACGUAUACUGACCUCAGACCAGAGAGGUACCAAAGCACGAAGGAAACAGAUGGGUAAACUGCUCGGCUGCUAAAUCAGCAUUAAUAGAGCAGCAGAUGAGCUCGUAUAUGAAGGUUAUUGUGCAUUUUUAUGACUAAAGCAUUAAACGUUCAUGUUUCUAUAAACCAUGAAGUUUAUUUUCAGAUGUGGAGACAUUUCAGAUUUGACCUCUGGGACAGGGCGGAGCCUCCUGGAGCAAUGAGUGUGGUUCAGACCAAACUAGCAUAGUGCUAAGGUGCUAGCUAAUCAGGUACUUCCAAAGAACACACAGCAGAAGUUGCCAGUGUUUUUAACAACCUACCUGAACCACCUGGAAACGGCGGGGUCUGCAGUCCCAAGCAAACAUGGCGCUCUAAGCAAAAUUAUGUUACAUGACCACAGCAGCAAAUAAGCAUCUUUAUUAGAACAAAAAUCUAAUUUUGGUGAAGAUGUGUGUGAUCAUGAUGGAGAAAUGGGGCAGAAACUGGAAAAAUGCAACGCUGAGGUCUCCAGAUAUAAAUUGCCUCCACGUCACAAAUCAAACUUUGGGGUAUUUAGAUGAUUUGCUGGAACUUUCAUGCUUCAGUCAUAAAAUGCACAAUAGGUUUGUCUCCGUCUCAGUAUUUAAAAGUGUCUUUUAAAACACAUACUGCGGCUGAGGCUCGAUCCUCGUAGAGAUUUGGAGGCCAGACUGAUAUUUUUCUACCGUAGCUGUUGCAGUCUCACUAAGUGCCGAUUUUCUGAACUUGUUUUCUUACCAAACAAAGAAGGAAGCAGGGAAACUUUGAUACUUUACAUGAAGCUUUCAUUCAAACACAAACCUUCAGACAAAGGAAUGAAAUGUGCAAAUAUCAAUUCACCUGUAAUAAAGUUGUACAAGCCAAUAAAAGCCUUGGGAUAAAAUUUCUAUGUUGGAACUGACAUGAAUGAAAACCUAAGAUAUCUUCAUGUCCUCAUCCUUGAAUUGCUGUUGCAGAGGAAAUAUAAUCAGCUCUGAUCUGAUCGAUGAUGGCGUGUGCACUGAAAACUAUUUUCCUUUUGUGUGUGUGUUUUGCAUUUUUGCACAUUGUUCAGAUAAUUACCAGAGCAAAGGCUCUAAUACUUGAGAUCAUGGAUGUGUUGUAAUGGACACAGAACUGUCCAAAGAAUGAAUUGUUUUUCAUUGGUUCUCGAUUGAGAUCAGUUUGUAAAUAUUAUUUUGAUAUGUGAGUGUUUUUCAGUGUUGCAUUGAUCGAUGCUUCUUACAUGAACUGUGGGGUUGAAUACUUUUUGCAGACACUGUAAGUUAAUGAUUUGAAAGCAAUAAACACAAACAUACAUUUUUCUUUAUCAGUC